CGGAGCCGCUUUGUCCCGGCUGACGGCGGCCGAGGUUGCGGGGAGGAGCGGGCGGGAGGCACGGAGCCGGGGACACACGGACCGCGAGACCGGAGGCGGGGCGCGCCGCGCACGGCCCCACGCCCAGGCCCGCGGGCACCGCGCCCGCCCCCACGCGCUCGCACCGGCGGGCAGGUGAGCAGGCAGCGCCGCGCCCGCAGUCACCGGCCCCGCGGACGCCGGAGCCGCCGCCUCAGCCCCUGCCGGCGCUUCGUGGACGCCCAGCAGGAAUGAGGGGAGAAUCUUACUUCAUUGGAAUGAGGAGCCUCGGGCAGCAGGGGCAUACCCCGGAAGAUGGAGAACUUUUCUUGCUCUGCUGCAUAGACAGGGACUGGGCUGUAACUCGGUGUUUCGCAGAGGAAGCCUUUCAAGCAAUCACUGACUUCAACGACCUCCCCAACUCACUGUUUGCAUGCAAUGUUCACCAGUCAGUGUUCGAAGGAGAAGAAAGCAAGGAAAAAUUUGAAGGUCUGUUUCGGACUUACGAUGACUGUGUGACCUUCCAGCUAUUUAAGAGUUUCAGACGUGUCCGAAUAAACUUCAGCAAUCCCAAAUCUGCAGCCCGAGCCAGGAUAGAGCUUCAUGAAACCCAGUUCAGAGGGAAAAAAUUAAAACUCUACUUUGCACAGGUUCAGACUCCAGAGACAGACGGUGACAAGCUGCAUUUGGCUCCACCACAGCCUGCCAAACAAUUCCUCAUCUCACCCCCGGCGUCUCCUCCCGUGGGCUGGCAGCCCAUCAGUGAUGCCACGCCAGUCCUCAACUACGACCUCCUCUAUGCCGUGGCCAAACUAGGACCAGGAGAGAAGUAUGAGCUCCAUGCAGGGACUGAGUCCACCCCAAGUGUCGUCGUGCACGUGUGUGACAGUGACAUAGAGGAAGAAGAGGAUCCAAAGACUUCCCCAAAGCCAAAAAUCAUCCAAACCCGGCGUCCUGGCCUGCCACCCUCCGUGUCCAACUGAGCUCACCGCUCCGCCUCAACGAUAAUAUCUGUCUCCUCUUUAUCAUGCUUUUUUUCCCUCUGUUGUUUGUUUGUCAAAAAAAAAAAAUAAUUGCCUUUCAA